UCGGCCAAAGUCUUACAUAGCCUCGAGCUCACUAGACUCUAAUGGAACAAUAAUAAACCCGGCUACUUAGUGACGCCGCGAUACAUCAUCUGAUUUCAUCCGCCCAAACUUGGCCUUCACUGUGGUUAUUCCUUUUCUUGCUCCCUGCGCCCGUUGUCGCGACCCUUCUCCGUCAACAACAUCGCAGCCAGCCAGUCAGCCAGCCACCGUCGCAAUGGCUUCGCAAGGUCAGGCCGCCGACUACUUUUCGGGUGGCCCGCCGCCCCAGCAGCCUCAGGGCGCAUACUACCAGGGCCAGCCUUAUGGACAGCAGCCUCCCCAGUACAACCAGGGCUAUGCGCCGCCUCCAGGCCCGCCGCCCAUGCAGCACAAUGGCUAUCAGCAGAAUGGAUAUCAGCAGAGCGGCUACCAGCAGAAUGACUACGGCGACGAGAAGCAGAGCUUUGAGCAGACGUUCAAGCUCGAAAAGCCAGCCUACAACGACUGGUGGGCCGGUCUGCUCUUCAUAGCCGUGUUCCUGGGCUACGUGGCUGUGAGCGUAAUCUCCAUACGAGGAUACGCGCGAACCAACCGAGGAGGCAUCUACGGCAACACUACCAACCAGUUCGCCCUCAACUCCAACACGAUUAUCCUCUUUGCCUUUGUGCUCGGCAUGGCGACCGUCUUUAGCUACGCGUACAUCUGGGCCGCGCGCAAGUUCACCAAGCAGUUCAUCUGGAUCACGGGCAUCCUCAACAUUGCCUUUGGCUUCGUCACGGCCAUCUACAUGCUCUCAAGGAGGUACUGGUCUGGCGGCAUCGUGUUCCUGAUUUUCAGCAUCUUCUACGUCAUCUGCUUCAUCAGCUGGAUCCCCAGGAUCCCGUUCAGCGUCCUCAUGCUGCAGACGGUGAUUGAUGUGUCGAAGAAGUACGGACACACGUAUCUUGUAUCGCUGGGCGGCGGACUUGCUGCUGCGGCUCUGGGUGCCUGGUACUCGGUUACGCUGGUGUCGAUUUACGUUCAGUACACGCCAAAUGGGGCCAACUCCAACUGUAGGAACGGUGUGGGCAACUGUGGAAACGGCAAGGUCAUUGGGCUGCUCGUCUUCGUCACGUUUGCCAUGUACUGGAUCUCCGAAUGGCUCAAGAACACCAUCCACGUAACUAUUUCUGGCGUGUACGGGUCGUGGUUCUUUGCGCCGAAUGCGAUGCCCCGAGGCGCGACGCGAGGGGCUUUCAAGCGGGCCAUGACCUAUAGUUUCGGCAGCAUCAGUCUCGGAAGCCUGGUCGUGGCCAUUAUCCAGUUCCUGCGCCAGAUUUGCUCGGCUGCUCAGCAAAACGCUGCAGGUGACGGCAACAUGGUGGGCGCCAUCUUGUUCUGCGUGCUCGGCUGCAUCAUCUCGGUGCUGAACUGGGCGGUCGAGUUCCUGAACCGAUAUGCAUUCAGUUACAUUGCGCUGUACGGGAAGAGUUACAUUGCGGCGGCGAAGGAUACUUGGAGAAUGAUCAAGGACCGUAGCAUCGAUGCGCUGGUCAACGAAUGCUUGAUCGGCCCCGUGCUGUCCAUGGGCGCUACGUUUAUCGCAUAUGCGUGCGCACUACUAGCCUACCUCUACCUCAUCUUCACGUCGCCGGCAUACAACGCUGACGGCGGGUACACGCCAGUCGUGGUUGCUUUUGCGUUUGUGAUUGGGCUGCAAAUCUGCAAAAUCUUCACGACGCCGUUGAGCAGUGGCAUCGACACGGUCUUCGUGGCCAUGGCAUGGGACCCGGAGGUCCUUAUGCGCGAGCAUCCCGAUCUCUACCACAGCAUGGUGGCUGUGUACCCACAGGUCCAGCAGGCCAUCCACGCCUAGGGCGGAAGCAUGGCCCAAUGCAGGCGCUUCCGUCGGCGUCGGCUCAGGGCGUAUAUGAAAUAAUAGCCGUAUGUAAUGACGCGAUACCCGUCCGGAGCGAUCACGAUCUUUGCGCUGCACUCUCUCUUUUUUUCACGAUGGUCGUUGGCUAUGGCGGGGGGCCCCCCUGGUGGUUGGACGUGGCUUGGCGCAGGCUAAGGGCGGGAAAGCGCACCGAUGGCUCCACUUGGCCCUGGCUUCAGCUAUGACGUACGCGGGCUGUUUGGUACGCGAUGCACAUGCCAGAAACUACCAUGGCCGGCCGAGCACACGCUGUUGAGGACUAAGUAUGGGACCUGGUGCUGCUGGUGCUACUGCUACCGCCUCCACGGCCGAGAGGGC